UGGCCUGCCUGCCUGCAACAGCGAGCCUUCACCGGAGACGAUUGGCUCCCUCCCUUUUCACCUCUCCUCCGUCUCCUCCCUUCUUUCUCUCCCAAGCCCUCAUAUGCGCCAGUGCUCUCCGACUCUCCAGCGCAGCGAGGCGAAAAGAAGAAGGAAGAGAGCCGCAGCAACUUUUUUCGGACCAACUGGGGGGGGAAAAACCUCCAAGGAUGGCAAACGUGGCACUUCUGCGGACGGACCACUCGGAUACGCGCAGGGAGUAACUUUUCUUUCCUCAAAGAAGAACACAGAAGUGAGGACGCGCUUCUUUUUUUUUUUUUUUUCUCCUUUGGAAGAGCUCCACUGUUUUGGACGUCAAAAGCGCUCCCCUCGGAUAACAAAGCUGAGGCUGGAGCUGAAGCCAGCGGCUUUCAUGCGCUCGGGUCUCUGCGCAGGGCAGCGAAGGAUGCCAGGAUGCCCUGUCUGAUCGUCUCCCGUCUGCUCGUCAUCUGGCUGAGCGUCCACGGGCUGGUGUGGUGCUCGGAGCGCGCCUCGGCACGGGAGCGCUUCAAGGUGGUCAUCGCGCCCCUCAUCUGCAAGCGGAUCUGCCUGAAGGGCCAGUGCCAGGAUCGGUGCGAGCAGGGCAACAACACCACGCUGAUCGGGGAGAACGGCCAGGGCACGGACACGCUCAUCGGACAGGGCUUCAGGGUUGUCGUGUGUCCCCUGACGUGCAUGAACGGAGGGGUAUGCAGUUCCAGGAAUCACUGCCUCUGCCCUCCUGGCUUCACCGGUCGGCUCUGCCAGUUCCCACUACAGCAAGCUCAGGCGGCGCACGGCAACAGGCAGCCCGUGUACCCCGCCUCCCUGAAGCCAGACGGCACAAAGGUGCUGGAGCACACGGCCAUGGGGCGCACCCAGAUGACACAAACCCAAUCCUUUUUCACCCUGCCCUUGUCACAGGGGGGGCACCACUCAUCAAAAGUGACGUUUAACGUACGGGUUCACCACACACCGGACACCUCGGUCGUCAUUCAGCCUCUCGACCAAGCAGACUCCAAACCUCCUCACAAAUUGGCGAGGCGGCCCUUCUCUGUGAGACACAAGCCAAAGGGGCGCUGCUUUCAGGAGACCACACCCAAGCAGGCCUGCAACAGCACGCCACUUCCUGUCCUGACCAAUCAGGAGGAUUGCUGUGGCAGCGUGGGAAACUCAUGGGGACAGAACAAGUGUUACCAGUGCCCCAAAUUACCAAAUGCAUCUGUCAAACACAUCAUCGUGGAGGAUUACGGCUCUACCUGUCCUCAAGGCUACAAGCGAUUCAACAGAACUCACUGUCAAGACAUCAACGAGUGCACCAUGCAGGGAGUCUGUCUGGAUGGAGAUUGUCUUAACACGCUGGGCAGUUUCAAAUGUUCCUGCAAAUCCGGUUUUGUUUUGGAGAGGAGUCGAUGUGUCGAGUCUCCCCCAGAGCAGUCGCAGUGCUUCCGGAUGGUGUCUGACGCCAGGGGCUGCGAGCACCCGCUGCCGCACGAAAUCACCCAGGAAAUGUGCUGCUGCACGGUGGGCAAAGCCUGGGGCCGCAAUUGUGAGAGAUGCCCUCAGGUGGGCACAGCGGAAUUCAAAAAGAUCUGCCCUGCUGGGAAAGGAUACUAUCUCCAAAAAAUAACAGAGACUGUGGCCUUGCAUCCCAUCAUCUUCCACCCUAACCCACCGGUCGUGACGGAGAAGCCCCCAGAGCCGACCACCGUGCAGCAGACCUCCGUCAGCACCGCCCGACCACGAGUGCCUGUGGUUAAACCCACCCCUCCGACAAUCGUCCGAAUACACCCGGGCAAUGACCCCUUCGAAAUAGAGCCGAAAGAUAAACUGGAGCCAGACGAGUGCGGCCUGAGCAGAAACAUUUGUGGUCACGGAAAGUGUGAGAACAGCCCAAACGGCCGCAUCUGUUACUGCUACCCAGGCUAUCAUCUGAACCUGCAGAGGAACAUCUGUGAGGACGAUAACGAAUGCGUCACGGAGCCGUGCGGCCACGGCAGAGGUCGCUGCGUCAACACCGAGGGAGCGUACAAGUGCCAGUGUAGCCCCGGCUUUAAACACAUGGUGCAGCAUGGGAGACUCAAGUGCAUAGACGUAGACGAAUGCCAGAAACCAGACAUCUGUGGCGUUGGAGGCCACUGCGUCAACAUGCUUGGUUCCUAUAAAUGUGACUGUAACAGCGGCUUUAGCAACAAGUCCCACCGAUAUCCAGCCUGUGAAGACAUCAAUGAGUGUUUGAAUCCAGACGCUUGUCCUAACGAGCAGUGCGAGAACACGCCGGGCUCCUAUGAGUGUGUGCCAUGUUUGCCCGGUCACGAAGCCCGCGCUGGCGCCUGUUCCGAUAUUAACGAGUGUCAGAAGCCUGGUAUCUGUCCUAACGGGCGCUGUGAGAACCUCCCCGGUACUUACCGAUGCCUUUGCAACGAGGGUUUCCUUCACUCGGUGGACAGCAAAAGCUGCAAUGACAUUGACGAGUGUGCGGAUGUCCGGCUUUGUGCCAACGGGAUCUGCAUCAACACAGACGGCUCCUUCAAGUGCCUGUGUUACACCGGAUACCAACGCACACAGGAGGGGAGCCACUGUGAAGACAUUAACGAGUGCGAGAGGCCGUCGAGCUGUCUGAGGGGCCGAUGUAUCAACAACAUGGGGUCAUACAACUGCGAGUGCCAGAAGGGUUACAAACUGGUCGGAGGCAGGGAAUGCCAAGACAUAGACGAGUGUGCUGCAGACAGGAAUCUCUGCCAGCCCUAUGGCUCAUGUGAGAACAGACUUGGCUCCUAUGUGUGCGUCUGCAAUCACGGCUACGUCCUCUCGGAGGACAGCCACAGCUGCGAAGCGGUUCGAAUGCUGACCAAUGAGAAGAAGGAGUGUUACCUGAACCUCGAUGACACGGUGUUCUGUGACAGCGUCCUGGCCAUUAACGUCACCAAACAGGAGUGCUGCUGCUCCAUUGGGGUGGGAUGGGGAGAUCACUGUGAGAUCCAUCCCUGCCCUGUCUCCCACUCAGCCGAGUUCCACUUCCUCUGUCCACACGGACAAGGUUUCUACAGUGAGCAGAGACUCCAGUACAGCCUGCCUGCCUACCACGAUAUCGAUGAGUGCACUCUAUUUGCCGAAGAAAUCUGCAAAAGGGGGCGUUGUGAAAACACGCUGCGAGGUUACGAGUGCUACUGCCAACAAGGCUUUUACUACGACAGCAACCUUCUUGAGUGCAUUGACGUGAACGAAUGCCACGACGAGUCUCUUUGCACUAACGGUCGGUGUGUCAACACUGACGGGGGCUUUUAUUGCAUCUGUGACCGGCCCUGGGUCCCCGACUCCAGCAGGAAGAAGUGUGUGAUGCCAACAGUAGUAGAUGUUGACGAGUGUGAAAACCCGGCGAACUGUAAGAACGGCUUCUGUGUGAACACGGUGGGUUCGUACUACUGUGUUUGCUCUCCACCCUGGACCCUUGCCGUGGACCGAAACAGCUGUGUUACUCUCGAGGAGCAAGCUGAUGUGAAUGAGUGCCAGGACCCCUCGUACUGUAAGAAUGGGAGGUGUGAGAACACGCCCGGCUCCUUUCACUGUUUUUGUGACCCUCCCCUCACCUUCAGCGCGGCGCUGAAGCAGUGCGUCUAUGACGAUCGCACCGCGGCCCACAAAGACGUGUGUUUCGAGCAGGUGGACGAGGGCCUGAUCUGCAGUCGGCCCAUCGACAUAGUGGUGACUUACCCUGAGUGCUGCUGUCACUACGGCCGCGGCUGGGGGCCCGAGUGCAACACCUGCCCGCCCAGAAAUUCAGAUAUGUUCAGUAUUCUGUGUAAAAUGCAGCUUGAGACCGAGUCAGAUGGGGAUCAGGAUUUUCUGCCAGCUUUCGCAAACUACAACCCAGGUGACAGUUCAGAGGAGGAUUCGGAUGAAUGCAGCUGUGGAAAUGGCCGCUGUGUCCGCUCCUACCUGGGUACCAUGUGUGAAUGUAACACAGGCUUUAGGCUAGACCACUCGCGUGCCCGCUGCAUAGACAUCGACGAGUGUGCAGAGCCGGGCCCGCGCGCCAGCGCCUGCAAGAACGCUCGCUGUGUGAACACCCUCGGCUCAUACAAGUGCUACUGCAAGCACGGCUUUGUGGCCUCGCGUCGGCCAAACAUAUGCGUGCGGCGCAGGACUCAGUGAAGAGCCGUGCGGCGCGUGGAUCGCCCCCCCCCCCCCCCCCCCACCCCCCAGCAGACACGCCGUCGCACACCUCGCUGUCCCAGGACGGCGGCGUGAGAGAGGGCGCUGAGAACGCGGCUCGCCCCGGGGGACAUACGUACGGCUUUGCGAAGGGCGAUCUGAAAUGUACAAAAUAUUCUCCUUCCCCCACCGUUUCAUUUGUUUCUUUUCAUUGUGAAAUCACAUUAGGAUAAUAUUUGUUUUAUUGGUUAACUUUUUUUGUAAUUAUUGUUUUUUAAACAUUUUUUUCUUGGUUUAAUAUUAAAGUGUAUAUGUUUGUGAUUCCUGUUUAUUGACAACCCCCUCCGCCUCAUUGGUCUGAUCAACGUUUGAUCUUAAAGGUGAGCUCUAGUUUUAAAGAAAUACUUCUCAAAGAUCUCCAUCCGGUAUUACUGUCGAUUUUUUAUUUUUUUUUCCACAUUCCCCUUUGAACCCACAUCCUGUCGUGUUUAAUGAUGCAUCAUAUGAAGUGUAUUUUCUGCAGUAAUUAUUAUACAUUGUUUCAAUUGUGUUUUUGUACAGUUUGUUCAGUGGAAUGAUCCUUUUGCUUCUCUGUUUAUUUGUGGUUGAUGUAAAAUAGGAUUUUGUUAUCAUUUGACUAGUGCACCAAAGUGGACUUGGCGGAAGAGGUGAGGCCGAUGCACGACGCCGUGGGAAAAUAGUGGGAAGUGUUUGCUAAAUGUGCCGUCUUCUGGCAAAAUCCAGGAAAGCUGUUAUAAUUGCUGAACCAAAUUAUUAGCCAAAGAAGCUGUUGGAAGAAGGCAAAUCUAAUAAAAACAAAAUCACUUUGGAAAAAAAA